AUGGAUAACAUUGAGAAGUUGUUGAGUAGGUUAGGGUAUAAGGCUGAUUGUGUUAGGGUAUGGACAAAAGUUUUAGAAAUUCAAGAUGGUUUUUUUCUGAUUAGGAAAGAUGAUGAUGUUGUUGAUGAUUUUGCUCUAUACUUUAGUGCAAUGAAUGUGAAAGGAGAUUUGUAUGUUGAACAUAGUACUGGGAACAUGGACCCGGCUGAUAGGGAACCUAAAUGUGUGAAUGAUGAUGACCACCCCCCUGAUAAUGGAAUUGAUGGGUUAGAUAAGGAGAAGGUAGAGGGGUUAGAUGACAGUGAAGAUGAAAGAGCUACUGCUUACUUUGAUGGUUUUGAAGGAAUAGAUGUUACUAAGCCUAUUAGGGAGGAGCCCAAUAACAGUAUGGAGGAGCCCAAUAAGAGUAUGGAUUCAGAUGAUGUAUACUAUAGUGAUGAGUUGAAUAGUUCUGACCCAGAUGAUUCUUGUGAUGAAGAAAGGCCCAAGUAUGCUAGGUUUAGGAAAGAGCAUCUAAACAAAGACUUUAUAUUCAAGUGGGGUAUGGAAUUCAACACACUUGAUGACUUUAGGGCAGCUAUCCGUGAGUGGUCAGUGCUUAAUGGGAGGGAAAUUUCUUUUGUGAAAAAUGAGGGAGAUAGGGUAAGGGUGGUGUGUAAGCAUAAAUGUGGGUUUUUAGUCUUAUGCUCUAAGGUGGGCCACAAGGAGACUUUUGCUAUAAAAACACUUGUACAUAAGCACACAUGUGCUAGGGUUUUGAACAACAAGUCUGCUAGCUCAAAGUGGGUGGCCAAGCAUGUGGUAAAGAGGAUGCAAACUUCUGAUACAGUCAGGAUAAGAGACAUCAUCCAAGAUAUGAGGCAAACAUAUUCUGUGGGUAUUACUGUUGCAAAAGCAUGGAGGGCUAAGCUAAUUGCCAAGAAGAUAAUUGAAGGUGAUGCUGACAAUCAGUAUGCUUCCAUAUGGAGGUAUGCAGAAGAACUAAGAAGGGUAAACCAUGGCAACACUGUGAAGAUAAAUGUAGAAAGACCUAGUCCAUCCAUACAACCAAGGUUUGGGUCAUUUUAUUUCUGUUUUGAUGGCUGUAAGAAAGGCUUUAGUGUGGCUGCCUCAAUCACAAAACAAUCCAGAAAAAGGGUUGAAAAAAAACCUAUCAUCAAAAGAAGGCAAAGUGAGAGGAUCAAGUUGAGUUGGUUUAAAAGACCCAUAACAGGUGAAGGAAUAUCUAGUGACAAACCAAUUACCCUACCAGAAAAUGAAGACAUACCCACUUCAAAAUGA